CCGCGUCAGUGGUUGCUUAGCAAACACACUGUUGCCGUCGCUGUGAGGAAAAAUGGCGACUCCUCGGGAACUUGGAGCUACGCAAUAUAUUGAACAGCACAAAAUAAUGGAACUCUUGGACAGUAUAACCAGCAUGCUUCUGUUCCACAGACCAGAGCGCCCAGUGGAGUUUCUGAUUGGCCAUCUGGAAAAGCUGAAAGCUGCCAGGGCAGCGUCAAGUGGUUAUCCUUGUCUUAUUGAUGAUUCCAACCUGAAUUCUGUUUUUGGAAUACUUGACCCCACUAAGCAGGGAUACAUUACAGUAAAUCAAUACAAAAAAGCUUUGAGCACCCUAGGAAUACUUAAAUAUAAUGAGCUCCCACAGGGAGCCGAUGUCAACAGAGUAUCACAAGAAACGUUCCUGAAGGAAGCGAUGGAAGGACUCAAGCGGACUUCUGCUUUUGAAUGAUA